UUACAUACCUCUAUCGUCCGUAGUCCCAUCGGUCAUCGGUCUCCCACAGUCUCCCCGAAUCUCCCAUGGGCUGCCGAUGGUAUCGCAAGAGGUUUUUUGCCACCGAUUUAACAUGAUUAUUUAAGCAAGAUAAGUAGAUCAACUUUAAUUUUAACCAUAAUUGUUUUCAAAGGACAGCCAAAUACAAUCUACAAAAAAAAAAUGAGGGUUGUUGCACUAAUUAGUGGUGGCAAAGAUUCUUGCUUCAACAUGAUGCAAUGUAUAGCAGCUGGUCAUGAGAUUGUGGCUCUGGCUAAUUUGUAUCCUGUUGAAAAAGAUGAGCUGGAUUCGUUUAUGUUCCAAACAGUAGGACAUCAAGGAAUCAAGUACAUUGCUCAGGCUAUAGGCUUGCCUAUAUAUCGUUAUCCAACAUUUGGUAGGGCCAAUUUCCGAGAGAAAUAUUAUUAUCCUACAGAAAGUGAUGAAGUUGAAGAUCUUUUUAAACUCCUGAACACAAUAAAGGAACGUGAAAACAUAGAAGCUGUGUCUAGUGGUGCUAUUCUUAGCGAUUAUCAACGGAUUCGUGUAGAAAAUGUAUGCAAUCGUUUAAAUCUUAUUUCUUUAUCAUAUUUGUGGAGGCGGGACCAGGAGGAGUUGUUAAAUGAAAUGAUACAGAGUUCUAUUAACGCAGUGCUAAUCAAAAUUGCAGCUCUUGGUCUUGAAACUAAACAUUUGGGCAAAUCUAUAUCCGAAAUGCAACCUCAUCUUGUUAAAAUAAAAGAAAAGUAUGGAGUAAAUAUGUGUGGAGAAGGAGGAGAAUAUGAAACAUUCACUUUAGAUUGCCCUUUGUUUGCCAAAAGUAUCGUAAUUGAUGAAUAUGAGACUAUUGUAAAUUCGAGAGAUGAUAUAGCGCCUGUAGGAUACCUUAGAUUUACAAAGGUCCAUUUACAAGAGAAAGAUAAUGGAGACUUGGAGAAAUUAACUCUGUCAGAAAGACUAAAAACUGUUUUGAUAAAAUCACCACAAGAUUAUAUUGCUGAAAUCAUUGGUCCAGAGUUACAUGAUGGCUGUAAUUUAUCAGAAGACGAAACUGACGAACACACUUGUGAAAAUAAUAGUUUGAAAGCAUCGAAUUCAGGUCAAUUUCAUCCUCCAAGUCCAAUGGAGAUUUUGUAUGAAGAGGAAGAUUAUCCAGACACACCAAUGGUUAAUAGAAAUCAAACAGGGUGGUUUUGGUUCGGUGGCAUUGUAGGAAAACAUCCAGAUGUCACACCUGCUGUGGAAGAGGCAUUGGAGAAAUUAAGCACUCUGCUUCAAAACGAAAAUCUGCGCACGUCCGACAUCGUCGCAGUAACACUGUACAUAAAAGAUAUGUCGAAUUAUAAGGCUAUAAACGAAGCAUACGUUUCUUGGUUGGGUAAGAAAAGUCCGCCGGUUCGUGUAUGCGUAGAAUGUCCUUUGAAUGUACAUGUUGCACUUGAUGCGACAGCAUAUAAGGAAAACCAAGAUAGUGGAGAUAAAUGGGCCUGUAAACGACACACGAUGCACGUUCAAAGUAUAAGUCAUUGGGCGCCUGCCAAUAUUGGUCCUUAUUCUCAAGCUGCCCGUGUGGGUGAUAUUAUUUUAGUCGCUGGGCAAAUACCUUUAGUACCUGGUAAUAUGAAUCUCUUAGAUAUGAACAUUAAACGGCAAUGUCGUUUAACAUUAAGACACAUAGAUCGCAUCGUUAAGGCUAUGGAUGCUAAGCUUCGAGACAUAGUACAAGGUGUCUGUUUUUUGACUCAUUCUAAUUACAUAGCGGACGCAAGAAAGGAAUGGGAAAGGAGGACAAGAAAUGCCAUUGUAGAUUAUGUUGUUGUACCAAAUUUACCACGUGGUGCUCAAGUUGAAUGGUGCGUUUGGGCUCAUAGGGAUAAUAAUCGAUUCGAAUAUGAAGAAACAGGAAAAUGUGUGGCUAAUUUUAGGAUAGCCAUCAGACGUAGGUGGAAUUACGAAAAUAAUGUUUCCGCAAUUGUGUGCUACAUGUCUACUGGUUCAUCUAAUUCUACUGGUAAUUUAACAACGGAAGCAAGUUUGCCGUCUAUGGAGUUGAACGCAAAUGAAUUGUCAGAGGCUUUUGAGUAUCUAUUGUGUAAACUCAGGAAAGAUUCGCAGAGCACAAAUCCGACAUGCAAUCUACGAAUAUUUUAUAAAGUCGGCAGCUUUCCGGGUCCGAAUUUUCUUCACGAUGUUCUAUCGAAGUUUUCUACGCAAAAUUUAGUGAUCACUAUUAUACCAGCUAUCCACUUACAUAAUUUCAGUACUUUGUUAUCUAUAUGUGGUAUUAGGCACGAGUAAAUACUCAAAUUGAUUCA